CACUAGAUGCUAAAAUACUAGAGCUGCCUUACACAGGGGAGGAAGUAAGCAUGAUUGUUAUUCUACCAAAUGAACAAGAUGGCCUAGCUGCUCUAGAAGCAAACCUAACAUUGAGUACCUUGAAUGCUGCGAUCACUAGUCUCUACGCCCACUACACUGCAAAAGAAGUUAAUGUAUGGCUGCCAAAGUUCAAGAUUAAGUUCAGGUCUGAUUUAGUUAGACAUCUACAGAAUCUUGGAAUGAUUGAUGCAUUUAAUUCAAAUGCUGACUUCUCACCACUUUGUGGAUCAUGCCAAGUCGAAAUCAGUAAAGUCAUCCAUGAGGCAUUUGUAGAGGUGAAGGAAGAAGGUACAGAGGCUGCUGCAGCAACAGCUGUCAUUAUCCGUGAAACUGUGUCAGUGCCAAUAUUCUUCAAGGCAAAUCACCCAUUUUUGUUCAUCAUCAGACACAAAGCAUCUGGGACUAUAUUAUUCCUUGGACGUAUUACUACACCAACAGUCGAAGAUGAAGAAAAAGCAGAGAGUUGUUUAACCAAGAAACGGUGUCCUAGACGUAGAGGGAAACUGUCUAAGAAAUGCUGUGGCUGUCCAUACAAGUUUAAGGAUCCAGUAACCAAGAAAAUUAAGUUGCCCAUGUUGGUGUUGAAGAAGUACAAGGGACAAGCUGUGUGUAGGGAAGCAUGCCUCAACAAGAGAUGUCUAAAAAUAUACAAUUAAUAAUAAAGGAUAGGACAAAGCAGUUAUAUGUUAUUUGAACAUUUGGUAUAUGAGUUAUCUGACGAAUUCUAAUAGAUGGAUAAAUGGAUCAUGGGAGAAUACAGAGAUGGAGGCACAAACUUCCUAUUAAAACGUUGUUCAGUGGAAUAAUAAAACAUCUGUCAUUGUA